AUGCGACCGGCUCUUCUUCGUCUAUUGAAGAGGCCAUCUGCCGUCUCACUUCUCGACAAUCUUGCAUCCACUUCAACCGGCAUCGAACAGCUCGAGACUCGAUACACGCGUCUACGAACAGAUUCACCAUGGAACAGACACAAACUUCUCAACAGGAGCGACCAAAUACAAGUCAAUGAUGAAACAGAAGAUUCGUAUCCCCUGGAAUUGUUGUCUGUUCACGAAAUCGAACCUUCCGAGUCCCACGUUCCGGAUCUUUCCCAGCGCGCAAAUAAACCCAACCCAGAAAACCCAUCAAAUCUUCAAAUAAAAGAGUUACGCAACCAGUUUGAAAGAUUGAACUUUGAAUCAGAUAUUGGACACACCAACGACCUCGGGACGAGGUUAGUAGACCGUCCAGAGUAUAAAAAUAACUUUGAGCUUUGGGAAGAAGUAUUGCGGUUUCGACAACGGUACUAUGGCAACAAGGGGACAGCAGAGAUUUGGAAGGGAUUGACUCUUCGUGUAGAGGGCGUUCAGCUACCUUCGACUGGAGAUCGCGCAGGCUUUCUUUGGAAUAGCUUCGUGGAGCUAGGGUUAGAAGACAAUACUGUUCUGCAAGAGGUGGUGAAUUACGCUAUCAAUAUGGCUAAUUCUGGAGUCGAAUGCUGGCCGCAACUGCAUGAAUCUAUAGUAGGCGGCCUCUUGGAUCGAGGAUUAAAGGAAGAGGCCAUUGAACAACAUCGGAAGCUAAUGAAAGCUGACCUCAUCCUUCCUGAUGGCAUGGUACGUAUUCUUCGGCCAGCUAUCUGGCCAGCCUAUUUGAAUGGCAAAAAGCGUCAAUUAUGUCCAGGCAGAUCGCUAUUCUUCCCGACAACCUUAUUACGUACUGUCCGAGACCUUUGCCGAUUCAAUUAUUACUAUCUCUCUGGGGAUUCCAGCAACAGACGUCCACGCAUCUAUGCCCAGGUAAUCAAAAUGACUCUGGAGCAGGGUUGGGGAGGAGAGGCCUUCUUCAUGCAUAAGUUUUUGAUUAAGUACGACGACCACCCACUCAAAAUUGAGCAAGUACUGCCCUUGUUGCGUCAUAUCAGAAAAUACGGGAGUCGCAUGGAAUAUCAUGAGCUCCAGCGUUAUGUUGAAAGAAGAUUCCCCAGGCCAAGCAGGACGAAACCACUACGAGCUGCGAAGGAACCUUCAAAACGCGAUCUUGGGGCCAGGCUGUUCGCCACUCGAGCCCUCAGUUUUGAGUUGGCGAUCGGAGGGCUCAAGAUGCUUCGUGUAUACUCGAUUGGCCCGGAAAGUCUACGCGAAAUGGCGUUGAGAGCUCAUGGUGGGCAAGACAUUCUGAACAAACUCAAACUUCUUGAAGAGUCUUGCAUAUCUAUCGAGGACUGUGUCUUUUCGCGGCUGGUCCGGAAACUAGCAGCACAGCGUCGAGAACUUUUACUGUCAGACUUGCUAAAAAGCGACCAGCAUCCGGAUGUACUCGAAGAUUGGAAGAUGCAGGAAUCACUUCUAAUAUCGUACUAUUUGGCGCAGGAUUGGCCCCAAUACAAUAUUGCCCUGGCCGCUCUAACCGAACUCUUUCCGCGUGCACCGGAUUUGUUUGACAUACACUUUCGCAAACAUAUUGCCGCCGGGGAACUCCAAGCUGCAUUCAAGGUCGUGGAUGAGUUGACCUUGCGUGGCUGGGGAUUAAGUGCAUAUAGUGUGGAUUAUAUGGCUGAAUAUAUACUGACGCCUCGCCGUCCACGAAAUCGACCGCCCCCCGGUAUAGGCCACGCAGUGAGGGAUGAAGUGAUGUUCAUCUUCAAGAUUCUUCAACGCGUAGUCUCCGCAGGAGGCUAUGUUAGCGCAAAGUUCUGGAUAGAGUUAUUGAGGCGCUUGGGAAUGUGUCAUUACUGGGAUGAGCUGAGAGAAUGCUGUCUCUGGCUAGCCCAUCACUACACUCUCAGCACUGAUUUCAACCCGAGGCCUUCAACUGUCCAGCGAGAUGACAGGAUAUUGGCGACUAUAUUUAACCCCGGGAUGCAAAAGGCGAUCAUUGCUUGGGGAUUCUUCUUACGGGUGACUAGACGAGGCGCAUUCAAAUCCAUGAUAUCACACCCAACCACAGGCGAGAACCUAGUCCCAUGGGUUCGUGGUCAUCUUCUCCUUCAUGAGAUGGAACAAGCUGGCGUUGUAAUCUCAAUGAAUUCAAUCAAACGAUCGACCCGACAACGGAUGACCCUAUUAUUUGGAAAUAUAGGUCACUCGGCACGUCGUAUGAAUCGCAUGCUACGACGAAACAAUCCAUACCAGUUCCACCAAAUCAUGCAGGAUAUUGACCGGGCUUGGGGAGAGACAUUGUAUACCAGAGGGGAGCUUGACCGGCCGCAAAAGUGGCUUCACCCUUAUCGCACGAAGAAGUCACUGAGGCAAUCCGCACGAGUCAAGUUGUCGCUUAGACGAGGAUAA